UUUGCUUCAUUUUACGGGUUGACGAUCACACUCGUGGAACAGAAUGACGUUCUUCGGCACUUCGAUAUUUUCCCUUAGUUUCGCAGCACUAAUACUGCGACUCAACGCCACUUCGUUCUCCACGAAUUUCGUGGAUCUCGCACCCGGCGUCCGCUUGGCGGGGGAACGUUACACUGCGCCCAGUUCUUCAAACUUCGGCUACGCGUAUUAUGGGAUUCGUUAUGGAACCGCCAAACGCUUCGAGCAUUCAGUGGAGAACACGGAUUUUUCGUAUUUAUCCGACACGUACCGGCGACCACAAGGUUUCAUCUGUCCGCAGCGCGGUUAUAUAUCUUUCGGCAGCACUAUCGCCGAUUUACGCCCCUUCAACCGCACCGACGCCAUGAACGAAGACUGCCUGUAUCUGGAUAUCUACGCUCCAGAGAGUAGCGACAACAAAUCACUUCCGGUGAUGGUUUACUAUUUUGGCGGAUCGCUGCAAAUUGGUGACAAAGAUAUUUACAAUGGCUCUUCCUUGGCGCUGCACACCGAUACUAUUCUAGUCGUCGUCAACUAUCGGCUCUCCGUUUUUGGAUUUUUAAGCAGCGGCGACGAAGCACUUCCAGGAAACUACGGACUCGGCGACUGCAAGACCGCCCUGAAAUGGGUGGCUAAAAACAUCGCCAGAUUCGAUGGGGACCCACAGCGCAUCACCGUCUUUGGCCAGAGCGCCGGGGCCAUCCUCGUCUCGGCUCUUUACAUGGAUCCCGAUGCACGCAAGGAUAUUAAAGCCGGCAUCGCUAUAAGCGGCAGCGCUCUGCUGCCGCAGGCCUGGACCGGCGACCCGCUGGGGAACCUGCAGCAGUUGGCGCAGAAGACCGGAUGCGGGACGAACACAACCGCCGCGGACCGGAUCGUGCAGUGCUUGAAGGGCGUACCCAUGUUUGAUUUGCUGGCAGCUGCUAAAGGCCUCGACAACCAAUUUACCGAGGCGAUACCGUACGCUUUCGUAAUCGAUCACCGGCAUUUCAACUCUACACCCGACGAACAAAUUCGUCAACAGGUGUGGCCAGGAGCCACGCUUCUAACCGGAUACGCACGUGAAGAUUCGUCCAUUUUAUUAUCGAAUAAUAAUCCGCAGUUUUUCGAUCCGGCGUUUCCGCUUACGUGGACGGUUCUCCGCGAUACACUGGCCCAAGCGUACCUGCCGUCCAAUGAGUUCUGUUCCCAACCGAAAUACGCCCUGGCCGAUCAAGUAAUGCAGCACUACAACAUCAGUCCCACCGACGAUCGCAACACGAUGCUAUGGAAAUACUAUCACUUGACGACGGACGGGAAUCUGGGAUAUCCGGCGCUAAAGGAGACAUGGCUGUAUGUCGAUAAGCAAGCCAGCGAUGGGCGGCCCAACCAGGUGUACAGAAACGCCUACGACCAAAAACAAGCGAAUCUAGGUGCGUUUCAUGCCGCGGAACUGGGCUAUAUCUUCGGUGACGCGGUCAACCGGCGUAUUUUCAAUUUAACGCUGAAUCCGACAGUGGAAAACAGCAUACAACAGAUGCUGUGGCAAGUAGCGUAUAAUGGGCGAAUGGAUGCGCCGUUUAAUAGCUUUGAUUGGCGCUACAUGGAGCUGGGCGGGGAAGGAUUAUGGGCGGAAGGUAGCGCGGAUCUCCGGGCUGUGUAUGAUUUCUGGGACGCGGUGGCGCGGACACCGUGCAACGGGACGCUACCGUUAUCAAAGCGUGUCCCUAAAGCUGAAGGAUUAAUUGAUCUGUUGUCUGCGUUGCCGCUUAUUUCUUCUUUAUUCAACAACCCAUAACUACGUACAUAUAAAAUAUGAUAUAUAAUAUUCGCAACGUACGCUACCGUGAUACAUUAUGCUGGUACUUUGUCUGAACAAAAGUUUGUCGUGUACACUUUAAUGUUGUUGUUGUUGAGUUGUUUUGUAAAAUGUACAGACUGUAAUGAUGACUGAGUCAAUCGGUGUAAC